AUGGCGGUAGAGUUUGGGGACCGCGAGAGUGGGUUUCGCCACAGAGAGGUCAUCCAGUUCAUUAACAACGAGAUUGUCAUGAACUGUGGCGGGCCGGAGUUCUAUGAGACCUUCCGCUCACUGCCCUGGGAUGAGGUGGAGGAUCAGCUGCUCCUGGUAGUGCAGAGCCCCCAGGUGCCCCUUCACUUGAAGCGGGCCUAUGCCUGGAGCGCGCUGGCGCUGGCUGCGCGGGGGGCUGUGAAAGAACAGGAGCAGUACGCGCUCCAGAUGCAGUGGCUGCAAGAACAGGUGGAUGACAGGGAGGCGGAGUCUAGGGCCCUGGCUGCGGAGGUCCAGCGACUGUGUGCAGAGAACAAGGAGGCAAAGAUGCGGCUCUCUUGUGAGUGGUCUAAGCUACAACAGGCUCUGAGUGAGCGUGACGUUCUGUAUAAGCGGCUUCAGCAGAUAGAGAGAUCCAAACAAGGGGCCUGGUUAGCCCUUGGCCUCAUGCCUAUGUUGCAAAUCCAGGGGCCUGGUGCGGAAGCAUUGCCCCUGACUUCAGGCCAAUAUACAAAUCUGAUGGUCCCGGGGCCACAAGGCAGUUUUUAUAUGGAGACCCCGACAGUGGCGUCACCCCACAUGCUCUACAUGCCAGGACCAUCGAAUUCUUGGCCUCAGAUGAGCCAGCAAUCUUCAUCAGUGCCAUUGCCACAGCCAUGCCCAGCCAAUGUGCCAUACCCAGCCAAUGUGCCAUACCAAGUGACACAAUACUCACCACUUGUGCCACCAGCAGUGGUGACAGAAACACAACGAGCAACAACCCAAUUCCAGGCACCACCAGGGAUAAGCUACCAACCUUACAUAUGGGCUCCAGUGGGCUUCCAGGCAAUGGCCCCACAGCGGGACUGGAGAUACUAUGGCCAGGGAGACGCUUCUUUCAUCCCCCAGGGGAUAGUGCCCCUGGGGAACAGCAGUUGUGACAGCCAGGCAGAAGAUGCAGCAAAGCUCCAGGACAUGGCCCCUGUGGGGGCCAAUGUGACCCCUAACCAAGAUGAAAGGGCAGUGAAGCCCGAUGAGAUGGCCCCUGUGGGGGACAGUAGAAGCCACAUCCAGGAAGAAGGUCUCUUGGGACCCAAAGUGAUGGCCCACCUGGGGAACAUCAGGAGCCAUGCUGAUAAAGAAGAACCAGAGAAGCAGCAGCCACAGGGGCAAAAGGCAAACGAAGCAACAGGGAAAAGCCCCUCCGAAUUUCAGCACGAGGGGAAGCAUGUUCUGGGCAGCAAUGAUCAAAACUGGCAUUAUAACUCAUGCAAAGCAAAUCAUUUCCCAUGGCUCAUGACCUGUAAGAACACGGCUGAUGAACCCAAGAAAGUCUCCACGGCUGAUGAACCCGAGAAAGUCUCCACCACUGGUGAACCCGAGAAAGUCUCCACCACUGGUGAACCCGAGGAAGUCUCCACGACUGGUGAACCCGAGAAAGUCUCCACGACUGGUGAACCCGAGAAAGUCUCCACCACUGGUGAACCCGAGAAAGUCUCCACGACUGGUGAACCCGAGAAAGUCUCCACCACUGGUGAACCCGAGAAAGUCUCCACCACUGGUGAACCCGAGAAAUUCUCCACCACUGGUGAACCCGAGAAAGUCUCCACAGCUGGUGAUCAUGGUGACCUUGACCCAGAAUGA